AUGGACUAUUCGGCAUGCGUUUCUCAUCUGCACGAUCAGGAGAAGAACCGCGACGAAGGGGCCAGAGAUGAUGUUUCAUCUGCAGUAGAGGUGGUGGCUCGCAACUUUUUCCCCCUCACGCCUGAUCCCAAGGGUUUCUCGGACGCGAAGGUACUGAAGAAAGAGGCCUCGGAAGGUGAAGAAGAGGAAGAGAGAUGCAGUGGCGUUUCCACAGAGUUGACGCUGCUCUACGACCCUUAUAAGAUAAAGAAAAAGCUUGCGAAGGGCGAUCUCGGCCACCUGUCGAGGCUGUUGAUACCGCGGCCGGGCGUUUUGAGGCACGUGCUCCCGUCGAUGAGCAAAGAGAGAGUGGAGCGAGUCAAGAGCGAGAAGGGUGACAAAGUCGUCGUGUGGGACCCGGACACGCGCUCCGAGCAUCGACUGGUGUUUAUUUACUGGAAAUCGUCGAAAUCGUAUGUGCUGAAGGGGGGUUGGAAGAAGGAGUUCGUGGAGCGGAAGGGGUUGGCGGACGGCGAUGAGAUCGGGAUAUACUGGGAUCCUAUUGCAAGCAGUUUCGUUUUCGGUCUUCUCUGCAAGGCGAAUUAG